AUGGCGUUUAUCAACUGCCUAAACCAGUGCUCAAAAAUGGCUAACCGCCAGAAAUUACAACCCACGGGGCCGAUGGCGGCCAAGGAAAUGUGGUCCUGCACUUGUGGCCAGCGCUUCAAGGCAACACAUUUCAAUUUGCACAGACAAGCAGACAGGGUUAUCGGGCGACGGGUUCGGAACCUGCCAUACGGUGGGUUGCAUUUCAUCCCUCUAACGGCAUAG